GACCCGGAUCUUGACCCGGACCCGCUUUUUCUUCGGUUCCGAUCUGGUUUCUUGACAAUGGCGUCAGAAGCUUCGCCUUCUUCUUCCGCGACCAGAUCGGAGCCACCCAAAGACUCUACUACGGCGGAGGAGGAGAGAGGUCCAGCUUCUAAGGAAGUAUCAGAAGUAAUAGAAUCGCUAAAGAAGAAACUUGCAGCUGAUAGGUGUAUAUCAAUAAAGAAAAGGAUUGAUGAAAACAAUAAGAAUUUGUGUGGUAUUACUCAAAGCUUUAUGAGGUCGUCAAUGGAAAGAGGAGGUGGUUGUAAAGAUGGUAGUAAUCUUUUAGUUAAGAGGCAAAGAGAUUCGCCUGGGAUGAAAAGCGGAAUCGAUGAAAGUAGUAAUAACCACAGAUUCGUUGAAGAUGGACCUGCCAAUUCUGGAAUGGUUCAAGGAUCUAGUGUCCCUGUUAAAAUUUCCUUACGCCCUAUCAAAAUGCCUGAUAUCAAACGGUUGUCACCUUAUACCACAUGGGUUUUUCUGGAUAGAAAUCAAAGAAUGACUGAAGACCAGUCUGUAGUGGGUCGAAGGAGAAUUUAUUAUGAUCAAACUGGCGGAGAAGCGCUCAUCUGCAGUGAUAGUGAAGAGGAGGCGAUUGACGACGAAGAAGAAAAAAGAGAUUUUUUGGAGCCUGAAGAUUAUAUUAUUCGCAUGACCCUUGAGCAACUAGGUCUUUCAGACUCCGUCCUGGAGGAACUAGCAAAUUUCUUGUCUAGAAGUACUAGUGAAAUCAAGGUAUCAGCUACUUUUUCUCUGCCUAUUGCUGGAAAUCCAAUUAGUAUUGUUCCAGCCCUUUCCCAAUUGGCUUUUUGCAGAGAUAUGAUCACCGACCAUCUUAUACAGGCAAGACAUGGAGUGCUUAUGAAGGAAAAAGAAGUAUCCGAGAGUGGCGAUAAUCAAGCAGAGAGCUCCCUUCUCAACAAAGAUAUGGAAGGAGCAUUAGAUUCUUUCGAUAACCUGUUUUGCCGUAGAUGCCUUGUAUUUGAUUGCCGGCUGCACGGGUGUUCACAGGAUCUUAUUUUUCCUGCUGAGAAACCAGCUCCAUGGUGUCCUCCUGUAGAUGAAAAUCUAACCUGUGGUGCAAACUGCUAUAAAACGCUUCUCAAGUCUGAAAGAAUUCGGGGAUAUGGCACCAUUGAAGAUAAAACUGGCACUUCAUCAGAUGGUGCAGGUACUAAAACCACAUCCAGCAAACUUAAUGGGAGAAAACCCAAGACCUUCCCAAGUGAAAGUGCAUCGUCUAAUGAAAAGUGCACACCAGAAACAAGUGACUCAGAGAACGGACUACAGCAGGAUACCAAUUCCGAUAAAGUUUCAUCAUCGCCAAAGGUGAAAGGUAGUGGGAGACGUGGAGGUCGUAAGAGGAACAACAACCGAGUCGCUGAGCGAGUUCCUCGUAAGACUCAGAAGAGGCAGAAGAAGACAGAAGCCUCAGAUAGUGAUUCCAUCGCCAGUGGAAGCUGUUCACCGAGCAAUGCAAAACAUAAAGAUAAUGAAGAUGCUACUUCCUCUUCUCAGAAGCAUGUGAAAUCUGGGAACUCUGGGAAGUCAAGGAAGAAUGGCACUCCUGCAGAAGACUCCAAGAAUCCUGUGAAGGAUGACGAUCCUGUUUGCCAGUCAGAUAAGAUUACGUCUGAGCUUGAUGCACCGUGUAGUGAUGAAAGUCUAAGGAAAGAAGAGUUUGUGGGUGAAAAUGUAUGUCGAGCAAGAUUGGCUACAAAUAAAUUGUGGAGACCACUUGAGAAAAGCCUUUUUGAUAAAGGUGUUGAGAUUUUUGGAAUGAAUAGCUGCUUGAUUGCUAGAAACCUUUUGAGUGGUUUCAAGUCAUGUUGGGAGGUCUUCCAAUACAUGACUUGCUCGGAAAAUAAAGCUUCCUUCUUUGGAGGUGAUGCAUUGAAUCCUGAUGGCUCUUCCAAGUUCGAUAUCAAUGGAAAUAUGGUUAAUAACCAAGUGAGGAGAAGGUCAAGAUUUCUACGUAGGAGAGGCAAAGUGCGUCGCUUGAAGUAUACUUGGAAGUCUGCUGCAUAUCAUUCAAUUAGGAAAAGAAUUACUGAGAGGAAAGACCAGCCCUGCCGUCAGUUUAAUCCAUGCAACUGCAAAAUUGCUUGUGGGAAGGAAUGUCCUUGUUUGCUAAACGGGACUUGCUGCGAGAAGUACUGCGGUUGCCCAAAGAGCUGCAAGAAUAGGUUUAGAGGUUGUCAUUGUGCCAAAAGUCAGUGUCGAAGCCGUCAAUGUCCAUGCUUUGCUGCAGAUCGGGAAUGUGACCCAGAUGUUUGUAGGAACUGCUGGGUCAUUGGUGGGGAUGGUUCGCUUGGGGUCCCAAGCCAAAGAGGCGAUAAUUAUGAGUGCAGGAAUAUGAAAUUGCUCCUGAAACAACAACAAAGGGUUUUACUUGGAAUAUCUGAUGUUUCUGGUUGGGGAGCUUUCUUAAAGAACAGUGUAAGUAAGCAUGAAUACCUUGGGGAAUACACAGGAGAGCUGAUCUCACAUAAAGAAGCAGAUAAACGCGGGAAGAUAUAUGAUCGCGAGAACUCCUCUUUUCUCUUCAAUCUAAACGAUCAGUUUGUGCUUGAUGCUUACAGGAAAGGAGACAAACUUAAAUUUGCCAACCAUUCUCCUGAACCUAACUGUUACGCAAAGGUCAUUAUGGUUGCUGGAGAUCACAGGGUGGGGAUCUUCGCAAAAGAGAGGAUACUGGCUGGAGAAGAACUAUUUUACGAUUACCGGUAUGAGCCAGAUCGAGCUCCAGCUUGGGCCAAAAAACCUGAAGCUCCGGGUUCGAAGAAAGACGAAAAUGUUACACCUUCUGUUGGUAGACCCAAGAAGCUUGCUUAGCAACAAAAGAAACAACAAUUUUUUGU